AUGAAGCUUCUUUACCGAGCCUCGCGGGAUGGCUUUUCGGCGCAAGCCUUUCACCAGAAGUGUGAUGCGCAUGGGCCUGCCGUGGUCAUUGCCCGCAGCCAAGCAGGCUACAUCUUUGGAAGAUACACAGACACUGCCUUCAACUCAAGUGGCGGCUACAGGCAGUGCAGCAGGUCUUUCUUGUUUCACCUCUCGGGACCAUCAAUUCAUGGGCCUUCAAAGCAUGUCAUAUUUCAAAACCAUCAGCAUGGCAUCUGCUGCAGUUCGAAUCACGCUGCAACCUUUGGCGGAGGCCACGACAUGCAGAUCUUCCCGGCAGACGCGGCAGCCAGGGUUGCAUUUAGCCUCGGCUACACCUACCAGGCAGCAGGCACGGGCUUCAAUUAUUCUUUCCUUGCAGAAGGUCCGGAGGCAGUGGUGACAGAAUGGGAAGUUUUCCAGAUUCAGAACAACGGCGAGGGAGCGCAGCUGCUUUGUUUGAAAAACUACUUGGAGGCCAAGGUAGCUGAGUGGCAGGAACAAGAGCAGGCCAAAGAGUGGAGUGUGGUCAACAAGUUGCUUCAAGUCAUGAACAGCGGCGUUGAGUAUGCGCACAAGGCUUCUCAGGAAGACAAGAAGUUGCACUAUCGUUGUCAGACAAUAAAUCAGGACCGACCACAGCGCUCCACGUUGAAUUUGCGGACCAGCGGCAGCGGAUGGUGGGGGAUCGGGCAGGUGCGGGCAGUGCCAAGUUUGCUCGGUUUGCUUACCAACACCCACCGGCAUGGUUUCCUCUUUUUGGGCGGCGAUGAUGCAAGGGCAUAUGUCCAUGAGUGGGUGCGGCGAAAUCUGGAGGCGCCAAGGCCUGGUAGCAAGUGA